AUGAGGAACCACUUUGCCCGUUCGUCACGCAAUGGCGACAAUGCCCCCUCAGAAAUAUACGGGUAUCGAGUCUACAUGCUCGCACUAUCAGCCACUUGGGCUUCAGCGAUGUACGGAUAUGACUCUGCUUUCAUUGGAGGGACGCUAGAGCUUCCAGCCUUCAAGUAG